UUAUGUAGGUAUGAUUAUUCUGGCUAUGGACAAUCAACUGGAAAGCCAACUGAAUAUAACACAUAUGCAGACAUUGAUGCUGCAUAUAAAUGCCUCAAGGAGAAGUAUGGGGUGAAUGAUGAACAACUAAUAUUAUAUGGUCAGUCAGUUGGUAGCGGCCCUACGCUUGAUCUUGCUUCACGAUUGUCAAAUUUGAGAGGUGUAGUUUUACACAGCCCAAUUUUAUCUGGAUUGAGGGUAUUGUACCCCGUCAAACGGACUUAUUGGUUCGAUAUCUACAAGAACAUCGACAAAAUUGGGCUGGUGAACUGUCCUGUUUUAAUCAUACAUGGGACAGCUGAUGAAGUUGUUGAUUGGUCCCAUGGAAAGCAGCUCUGGGAGCUUUGCAAGCAAAAAUAUGAACCCCUAUGGCUAAGUGGAGGUGGGCAUUGUAAUCUUGAGCUCUACCCUGAGUUCAUUAAACAUUUAAAGAAAUUUGUACAGUCACUUGGGAAAUCAAAAGCAUCAACAAAUGGUUCUGAGAAAUCUAAAGUAGAAAUCGACAGUCGGAACAAACCAUCUGAAAGUGGGCCUUCAGAUACAUUUGAAUUAGCUGCUGAUCUUCCAGAAGUUUCCCGGAACAGUUUGGAUAGUCGGCUUGAGAAGUCGAAAAAGUUAAACAAGCCUGAGAAAUCUCGGAUGAGCACUGAUCGUGUCGAUAGGUUUAGGAAAAGAAAGGGCCUAGUUUGGUAAUCCAAUUAUAUUGAAAUUCAUCUCAAAAUAAGCUUAUGCACUAAUCUCAACUGUGGCGGUUGGGGGAAGGAGGUACUACUUUCCCCCUGUAUAAUGAUGCAUCCAUUCUACCAGCAAUGUACCAAUUGUGUGUGGUUCUGCUUUUUUCUCCUUUUUCCCCCUUUUUCAUCUUUAUGUAUUUUCACAGAUGGAGGAACCCUUUUCAUUUGAUAUUACUUUUGUACAAACAGCAACAAGAUAAGAGCAAAAUCUCUGCAGUUUUUGCUGAUCAA